UCGGUGUAUGAUCUGAUUGUGAUCUCUCGAUAUCUGGGAUCUUCGAGGUAUGGAGGCUGUAGAUUAUUAUAAUUCCAUGUGGUGUUGUUGAUGCAAUGAAUGUGGAUGCCUGUUAUGGAAAGAGUAGCUGAAGAAACUGUGGCGAGUAACAACAACAUACAAUUAAAAGGACGAGUGGAUGAUGUUCCUUGUAAGCCUGAUGCUCUUCAUAACAAUAUGGUGAUUGAAUCAGAAAAUGGAAACAGUGAUUGUCCUGGAAGCUCAGCUCACAGGAAUGUUGAGAUGACUAAGCCGCCUCCUCCGGAGGAAUCUGCUGGAGCUAAGCUUUCUGUUGAAGAGUUGACAUUGGGGAACUAUAGGAUUGUUCAAGGGACUAAUACUACUAAUACUACUAAUAUGGAUAGUUCUAGGGCUGGGAAGUUUGAGCAUCUUUAUCGUCUUGCUAGAGGGUCUUCUUUAAGGCCAGGAGAUGGGGAUCUUGAUUCUCAACCUCGUGACAUGGAUCAAAUGUUGUCACGAAUUAGACAACAGCUUGCUGGAGCUCCUUCCGAAAGGCAAAACCUUAAACCUUUUAUGACUAGGAGGAGCGAUCAGAAUCUUGAAGCUUUUUCUGAACGUCUAAGAGCAGCUGGUGAGAACAGUAUUAUGAAAGCUCCUGCAUUGAUCAGUAGUGAAGGUGUCCAAUUGAACACGCCUGUCAGUUCUUCCAAUUUUUCUCAGUUGUUACUUAAAAGAGCUAUGAAGGGGAAAGGGGUAGUAGGAAAGAACCAGGAGUCUCCUCCUGAAUUUGUCUCUGAUCAAGAUUUAGGAAGCAAGGAAAAAAAGUUGGAUAGUAGCAAGUCGCCUACUCCUCACCAUGUGUUACCCCUAAAAUCAAGUCCCAAAGGAAAUGGGAUGGUAUCACAUGGUGAUGGUAAUCAUACUAAAUCUUCUUAUGGAAUCAGUUUGAGGGAGUUUCUUAGAUCAAGUUAUGCUAAACGAGAGAAAAGACAUGGCCUUUUGCUAUUUAGGCAGCUGGUGGAGCUGGUUGACUCAGCCCAUUCAAAAGGAUUAUUCUUGCUAGACUUGAGACCAUCCCUUUUCACUUUAGUUCCAUCGAAGAAACUUAGAUAUAUUGGUACUUUUGGAAAGAACAAUCUAGACUCAGAUGUUGACGAAGAUUUGAAUAGGAGGAGGCCUGUUGUUCAGGAAUCAUCUAUUGGAGGUAGGGAUUCAAAGAAAAGAAAAAUGGACUUGCAUGUGCAUUCUCCAGGGAGUCAACUUCAGGCCACUUCAACCGGGAGACCUUUCAAAAGGAAAAGCCCUGUGAUUGAUUUAAAUGUGGUUGAUGCACGUAAUCCAGACAGUUGCGAGCUUCAACAGCAAGACUAUAUCAAAAAUUUAAGCGUGUCUUCAAUGACGAGAAAACAGUCUAUGUCCACAUGGCUAGAAGAGCAAUGGUAUACUUGUCCAGAGGAGAUUAAUGGAGAAGAUAUCGGAGAAAAAUCAAAUAUUUAUGCCCUUGGUGUUCUUCUGUUUGAGUUGCUAUGCCAUUGCGAGUCCGGUGAAAUGCAUGCUGCAAUGAUGGCAGAUUUACGCCAUCGGAUUCUCCCACCAACAUUUCUCUCAAAAUACCCGAAGGAAGCUGGAUUUUGUCUUUGGCUUCUACAUCCUGAACCCUCGUCCCGACCAACAGCUAGAGAUAUACUGAAGUCAGAGUUGAUAUGCGAGGAGGAUUCAGUUAAAUCGACUGCUGCUGCUGAGGAGAUAUCUGAGCUCUUACUUCAUUUUUUGUCUUCUCUAGAAGUGCAGAAGCAGAAAAAAGCAUCUAAGCUUUUGCAAGACAUCCAGACCUUAGAGGAUGAUAUCAAGGAGGCCGAGCGAAGAUAUUCUUCAAAUGUAUCUCUGGUGAGAUCUCAUGGAGCUAUUGAAAGAAGGGUGCAAUCAUCUCCCCUAGACGAGCACUGUACAACUUCUGGCGCCUUGCUUGUACCAAGUGCUAAUACAGACAGGCUGAUGAGUAAUAUCCGUCAACUCGAAGAUGCAUAUUUCUUCAUGCGAUCACAAAUCAACUUGUCGAGUUCUGCUGCUAGUACCCGUUCUGAAAAAAUCGUACUAAAGGACAGGGACAGAUGCUCUGAAAACCAAAAUGAAAGUCAGGAUAUGAGUACCAAAGGAAAAUCUUCAGAUCAACUGGAAGUGUUUUUCGAGGGGUUGUGCAAAUUUGCUCGGUAUAGCAAGUUCGAAACCUGUGGGACAAUAAGAAGUGGGGACCUUUUAAACUCUGCAAGUGUGGUCUGCUCAUUGAGUUUUGACCCUGAUGAGGAACACAUAGCAGCAGCUGGGAUAUCAAAGAAGAUCAAGAUUUUUGACUUCAAUGCAUUUAUGAAUGAAUCUGUCGGUGUUCAUUAUCCACUAGUAGAGAUGGUCAACAAAUCUAAAUUAAGCUGUGUUUGCUGGAAUAGCUACAUCAAAAACUACUUGGCCUCGACUGACUACGAUGGUGUUGUUCAGAUUUGGGAUGCCGGGACUGGACAAGGAUUUUCGCAGUACACAGAACACCAAAAGAGAGCAUGGUCAGUUGAUUUUUCUCCAUCUGACCCGACAAAAUUUGUCAGUGGAAGUGAUGACUGCUCGGUGAAGCUUUGGAGCAUCAAUGAGAAACGUUCAUUAGGCACAAUCUGGAGUCCAGCAAAUGUGUGUUGCGUGCAAUUCUCUUCUUAUUCCAAUCACUUAUUGGCAUUUGGGUCAGCUGAUUACAAGGUCUAUUGUUAUGAUCUUCGGUAUGUCAAAACACCUUGGUGCACAUUGGCUGGUCAUGAGAAAGCGACAAAUUCCUCUGGUUUAUCUCCUGGUGCUUGUUCAUUGACAUAUAAAGGACAUACAAAUCAGAAGAAUUUUGUCGGAUUGUCGGUUUUGGACGGGUACAUAGCUUGUGGUUCAGAGACCAAUGAGGUAUAUAGUUACUAUAAAUCCUUACCGAUGCCAAUGACUUCAUACAAGUUUGGAUCCGUCGAUCCCAUUUCUGGAAACGAAUACUUUGAUGACAAUGGACAGUUUGUGUCGAGCGUCUGCUGGAGGAAAAAAUCGAAUAUGCUUGUAGCUGCAAACUCUACUGGAAACAUGAAGCUACUAAAACUUGUUUGACAACUUGGCGUUUUCACUACUACGGCCUACGGGCAUUGGGCUCUUUGAGUAAGUUCUUUGGAAAAAUCUCAAAACCUCAUCUCUUGAGUCUGAAUCUCGGACAAACCAGUUUGACUUUGAAGCAACGUUUUUGUCCUGGAAUUAUGAUCC